AUGAACAGCUCUGAGUCCUCGGCUUCCGUCACCUUCACCCUCUACGCCUCUCUGCGUCUGUACAACGCCGCUCUGCUGGUGGUCGUCUCUGUGCUCUACGUCUCCGGCCUGGUCCUUAACCUUUUCCUGCUGCUCGUGAUUUGGGUGGAGUCCGGCCUCCACCGGCCGAUGUACGUCCUGUUGGUGAACCUGUGUGUGAGCGGCGUGAUGGGCAGCUCGUCCGUCUGUCUACACAUCAUCACUCACCUCCUGUCCAGCAGACAGCAGACGUCUCUGCCCGUCUGUCUGACUCAGGUGUUCUUCAUCAACGCGUACAGCGGCUCCAUGUUCUGUAUCUUAGCGCUAAUGGCCUACGACCGCUACGUCUCCAUCUGCAAACCUCUGCUGUACCACUCCAUCAUGACCCCGGCGAAGGUCCGGACGAUGCUGCUGCUGGUCUACGUCACGCUGGGCUCGUCCUCGGCGGUGCAGGUGCUGCUGCUCUGCAGACUGAGGCUGUGCAGGCGCUCGGUGGAGAAGCUGCUGUGCGACAGUCUGGUGGUGUCCAAGCUCUCCUGUGAGGAGACGCCUCUGAUCGCAGCCUUCGGCCUCUGCUGCGCCAUCGCUGUGGUCGUUCUGCCCUGUCUGCUGGUCCUCCUGUCCUACCUUCACAUCUUCAUGGUGGUCCUGAAGAGGUCAAAGGUUAAAGGGCUGCAGACGUGCACCCCCCACCUGGUGACCUUCAUUAACUUCUCCGCGGCCUCUUUCUUUGGAGUCAUCUAUAACCGUCUGAGUCAGCAGGUUCCUGAAGCCGUGAACGUUUUCACAUGUUUUAACUUCUUUAUCGUCCCUCCUCUGCUGCAUCCCAUAAUAUAUGGUGUCAAGAUGAAAGAGAUUCGGAAAAGUGCGAAGAAAAUGAUGAAAAGACACUUAUAG